AUGAGAGAUUUGUUACAGUUUGUUAACCCGAGGAGUGCACAUCAAACUUUCGGCGUGAAAAUAGUGGUGUUAGGUGGUGAUUUCUGCCAAAUAUUACCCGUAGUACCAAAAGGCACAAGGGAAGACAUAGUUGCUGCCACCAUAAAUGCAUCGUACCUGUGGGAUAAUUGCAAGGUUUUAAGGUUGACUAAGAAUCUUCGCUUGAAAAGUAUGAGCGCCGGCACUAAAUUGCAAUGGCUAGAAAACUUUGCGAAAUGGAUCGCAGGAAUUGGUGACGGGACUAUUGGAUGUCUAAAUGAUGGGUUAGUAGAAGUUGAUAUCCCACCAGACAUGUUGUUACCGAGUUCUGGAGAUCCCAUUGCAACUGUAGUGGAGAACACAUUCCCGAUGUUUUCGACUAACAACAGUGACAAUGGCUUUUUAGAAAACCGUGCUAUUCUAGCAACAACUCUAGAUGUGGUCAAUGCUAUUAACCAAUAUAUGAGUGAUAUGCAUGUUGCUGAGAGCAAGGAUUAUUCGAGUUGUGACAUGGUCUGUAGUUCUGAAUCGAACGAUGGCAUUUUGACAGACGUCCACAAACCUGAAUUUCUUAAUGGCAUACGCACUUCUGGCAUACCUAAUCACUCCCUUACCUUGAAGGUUGACUCACCUGUGAUGUUGUUGAGAAAUAUAGAUCACUCUCUAGGGUUGUGUAAUAGUACUAGGUUGAUUGUAACACCCCGAAAUUUUUGA